AUGGCAUCAUUGGUAGGAGGGGCUGCUCUGGGGGCAGUGUUUGGAGAGGUAGUUAAUGUGUUGCAUGACACAUUUAAGAGUGUUGGAAGUGAUGCCCUUAUGUUCAAGUCAAUUCUUAAAAGCCUCAAACACAAUCUAGAUCUUAUAGAUCCAGUGGUUAAAGACAUAACACGAUUGAACGAAAUACUUGAUCACCGAGAAGAGGAAACAAAGAGCUUGAUCGAAGAUAUGAGGAAGGCCAAGGAGCUCAUUGGCAUGUUGGACAACCAAGAGUUGGACUCCUCUUUCGAGAAAGAACUUGCAGAGUUGAAUGAGUCCAUUGUGACAUUCUUUCAGCUUCAUAUCCCAGCUCAGAACAGAAGGGAUAUAUUGCAGAUUUUGGAGAAGCAGAAUUUUCUUUGCAAGCGAAUGGAGUCGCUAGCGAUUAAAAGUGGGGCAACGUGUGUGGUUCCUCCACCCCCGGAUUUUACUGUCGGCAUGGAUCUGCCUUUGAUGGUGUUGAAGACGCAGCUGCUGAAUAAGAAGAGGCAGCAGAUUCUACUGACUGCCCCUGGAGGAUGCGGAAAGACCACACUGGUGAAAAUGCUUGGUCAUGACCAGGAAAUUAAAGGAAAAUUUAAGGACAAUAUUUUUUUUGUCCCCGUUUCUAAAAAUUUCAACCUGAUGGUCAUUGCGCGAAGACUAUAUCAAUAUAUAAGUGAUCAGGUGCCCGAGUUCCAAAGUGAUGAAGAUGCAAUCAACCAGCUACGGGAAGGACUGGCCAAAAUUGGAUCAAAUCCUAUAUUAUUGAUCUUGGAUGAUGUUUGGUCUGGAUCAGAAUUCCGUCUUAAGAAGUUUAAGUUUGAUAUUCCAAAUUACAAUAUUCUGGUGACCUCAAGAACUGCACUUCCAGGAUUUAGCUUUACAUAUUACUUAAAUCCGUUGAAUGAUGACUAUGCAACGAUGCUGCUUCAUCAUUCAGCAUCUCUGCAACAUGAGAGUUCUAACAUUCCUGUUGAAGCCAUCAAAAAGAUAGUGAGAGGCUGUGGUGGGUUCCCACUGGCGCUCGAAGUGAUUGGUGGAUUACUCGAUGAGAACCCUGUUGAGGCCUGGUGCAGUAUAGCUGAGAAUUGGUCUAAUAGUCAUUAUAUUUUCAAUUCUAAUUCUGAUUUGCUUGAUUGUCUUCGAAAAAGCCUAGAAAUUUCAGAUCAUGAGGUCAUCUUCAAAGAAUGUUUCAUGGAUCUAGGUUCAUUUCCUGAAGACCAAAGGAUCCCUGUGGCUGCCCUUGUUGAUAUGUGGGCAGAAUUACAUAAACUAGAUGAAGUUGGCAACAAAGCCAUUGACAAUUUACAUAAAAUCGCCACCCGGAAUCUGGCUAAUCUUGUGAGGAAAAGGAAAGAUGCAGGUAAGAUCAACAAAUAUCACAAUGAAGACUAUGUCACACAACAUGAUCUUCUUAGAGAGCUAGCUAUAUUUGAAAGCUGCCAGGGGCCAGAAAGACAAAGGCAAAGAUUGAUUAUGGCCAUAAGUGGAAACACUCUACCAAGUUGGUGCACAGAACAGAAUCAGCAACCCAUCAAUGCCCGCUUGUUAACAAUCUCAACUGAUGAAUUGUUCUCAUCAACUUGGAGCAACAUUCAAGCACCCAAAGUUGAGGUUCUAGUUCUGAACUUCCAAACAAAGAAUUAUAGCUUACCUAAGUUUGUGGAUACAAUGGAUAAUCUCAAGGUUUUGAUCAUCACUAAUUAUGGUUUCUUUCCUACUGAAUUAAGAAAUUUUCAACUACUCAAUUCUCUACCCGAUUUAAAGACAAUCAGAUUGGAGAAGGUUUCAAUCCCUUCCCUUUUCAAGGCCCCUGUAUUGUUGAAGAGUUUGAAGAAAAUAUCCUUGUUCAUGUGUAAUAUUGGUCAGGCUUUUGGAAAUUGUACUAUCCAAGUUUCAGAUGCAGUGCCAAAUCUAAUGGAGAUAAACAUUGACUAUUGUAAUGAUCUUGUGGAAUUGCCUGUAGUGCUGUGUGAUGUUAUCCUCCUGAAAACACUCAUUAUCACCAAUUGUCAUCAACUGUCUACACUUCCCAAAGAGAUUGGAAAGCUAGUGAAUUUAGAAGUGUUUAGGCUUAGGUCCUGUACUGAUUUAUCUGAGUUGCCAGAAUCUAUCACAGGCCUCAAAAACUUAAAACUUCUCGACAUAUCUGAUUGCCUAAGCAUUAGACACUUGCCAAAAGAGAUUGGUGAGUUAUGUAAAUUAGAGGAGAUCCACAUGAAAGGGUGCUUGAGCUUGUGUAAUGAGUUGCCACCAUCAACUACAAAUCUUGAGCAAUUGAAGCUUGUGAUAUGUGAUGAAGAGAGGGCUAAGUUUUGGGAGCCUAUCAAGGAAGUUCUUACCAAUCUAGAGGUCAAGGUGGCUGAAAAAGAUAUCAACUUGACUUGGCUUCUCAAACCAUGAUUUCUGAGAAUUGUUUCUUUUUGGAAACUUUUGUAGGCUUUGUCAACUUAUUAUCAUUGUCUUCUACUCUUUGUUUCUUUUUCUUUGCAUUUCGAUCAGAUUGAACACAUGAAAAAAUAUGUAUCAGUGGAAAAUAUGAUUGUUUUAAAUCCUAGAAUUACGUA